AGAUAUGAAAUUUGGUUGGUGGCACAUAGUGGAGCCGGAAACUAUUAAAAACAUUACAAGAUGUCUGCAUCCAAGAGGUAUCAGGGAGCGAAUACUGCAGAAGAAUUUACUGAAGUACGCUGACUUUGCGUCCUCUGCUUGUACUGCGAAAGGUAGUGAAUAUUUCCAGCUUGAUGAUGAAGAUGAUGAUGACGACGAUGAGUCGGACAAUGAUGAGGAUGAGGAAUCUAAGAAUACUAAACAUGACCCUUUAAUGCCAGACACCAAGGACUGGUCUUGUGAAGUAGCAUUUGAAGUGACUAAGAGUGCAUUAGAAGAUGUGGAAGCAUUAGAAGAUAAGGUGUUCAGUUCCAGUAUGCAAAUCAAG